AUGGUCUUCUCGAUCCGGCCCUUCACCACACGCGCCGCCCGCUCAUCGUCGUCGUUCACCAGAACAGCGUUGAUGAUCGGUGUCGAAAUCGUCUUGGAAGCAUUGAUGAUCUCCUUGAUACGCGGAACACCAAGAGUGACGUUCAUAGACGCCACACCGGCAAAGUGGAACGUCUUGAGCGUCAUCUGGGUUCCUGGCUCUCCGAUCGAGUGCGCUCCAAUUGCACCCACUGCCGUUCCCGGCUCCACCUUGGCCUUGAGGCUUGUGCAGCAUAGGAGCGAUUCCACGCUGUUCUCUCAGCUUGGCAAGAGCGUUGCACUUGGCCUCGAUGUAGCCUCUCACCGAGUCGUAGAAGUUCCGCUCCGCGUCGUAUCUGUCCACGUACUCGAGCCUGUCAAAGUCGGUCUCGCUCACACGCCGGCCCAGGUUGUCCACACGAACCAGCUGCGACUUCAAAGGACUCAACACAGAGUCUGUGAUCGACAUGAUCUCAUAAGGAUACAGUCCGCGUUCGCUGUGGUCCAGACUGAUAUAGAACGAAUGGUCCCAUGUUCUGUUGAAGUUGACCGGUCUGGCAUCACCCUCCAUGUCCAACGGGUCCAGACCGUCUCCACCGUAGUUGAACUGCACAAUGCCGUUGCUGGAGUUCCGCACGGUCUCGUCUGCUUCUUUCCGUCUCCGAGAGUAGAUUUGUCCAUGACUCCCGACAGAAUCUGGGAAUUUCUGAUGAUCACAAACCCGUCGUUCGGAGCCAUCUCGUUGGGCAUGCCUGGUUCUGGCGGAAUGAACGUCUUGUUCUUGGCGUCCAGGUUGAUGAUCACCUUGGAGCUCUUAUUUGGCCGGAUCAGCAAACUGAACAGCUGCUUUCCAGUCCACAUAUACGAUGGCUUGAAAAUAGCAGGUGGAGGAAUAUCGAUCUGGGUGGCCCCGUCAGACAUCAUCGCCAGCAUCUGCGCAAACGUGGCCCGGUCUCAACAGGUUGUUCUUCACACCCAUCAGGUUCAUGGCCUCUGCACGGGCCUCCUCUGUCUGUGGAACGUGCAAGUUCAUCUCGUCUCCAUCGAAAUCGGCGUUGUACGGAGUACAAACACACUCGUUCAAACGGAACGUUCUCCAUGGCCGGAUCUUGGCGAAAUGGCUCAUGAUCGACAAACGGUGCAACGAAGGCUGUCUGUUGAACAAAACGAUGUCUCCGUCCUCGAUGUGUCUCUCCACAACGUCUCCAAUAGACAGCUGUUUGGCCAGCUUGUUACGGUCACCAUAACGCAGGUUUCUCUUAACGUCCUCGUGUUUCUUCACCAAAUAGUUGGCACCAGGAUGAACAUCCGGUCCGUUGAUCACCAAUUCUUGCAACUUGGCCUUGUUGUACCGCGUCACCUUCUCAGGAUACGUCAACACUUUGGCGAUUCUGUCUGGAACAGCCACCUCGUCGAUCCGCAAGUUGGGAUCGGGAGAGAUCACAGUUCUUCCUGA